GCGUAUUUAUGAAUAAGUAAGAAAGAAAAACAAAAGCCAGCAGCUGAUAGUUUCCGCUCAAAAAAUUGUUUUUUGUUGUCUUUUCAAAUUAUUGAAAAAUUGAAAAUUUGCACUGCUUUAAAAAAAAAGCCUAAAUUAAAGGCAUGGCGUGUAUUGUUGCAGGAUGUAGUUCGAGAUGGGGCAGGAAAACACCGGGAAUGUCUUUGCAUCGGGUUCCGGCAAGACCUGCCCAAAGAGAAGCUUGGUUGCAAGCAAUCUUAAAUUUUCAUGGUCAAGAAGUAUCACCGGAAUCAUUGAAACCGGGCUAUGUCUGUGGUCGACAUUUCUGCGAAGAGGAUUAUUUACCAGGUGGUAUUAAAAGAUUCCUUGAUACCAAGGCUGUACCAACCAAAUUUGACAAAGAACCCGAGCCCCCACAUUGUGAAAUAUGCAAUGAAACCAAGCAUCUCAUUGAUACGUGGACAGAAGAAUUUGGGCAUUUACACGACAAGCUCCAGGAUGUUACAAAUUCUGAGCACAAGCAUAGCAACUGGCUGAGAUAUAUGUGCAGAAAGUGCAAAGAUAAACUCUACGAUAUUUGGGAAUUUAAGAUACUCUGCAAAAAUGCGUAUAGAAAAUUCUUAGAUGAAAUUGUGGAUGAUUCAGGAUCAUUCGAUUUCGAUUCAUACAUUGUAAAAGAAGAUGUUUACAUGGAACAGACAAAUAUUAUUGAGAAAGAAGAUGGUUGGGACGUUGACAUGAAUGUUGUUGAGACAGUUAAGGUAGAAAAUGAGAACAAAAUUUUUGACGUGUUUGAUAUGGUUAAUGUUCCUGAAGAAAACUUAAUAGAGAACACACCUCGUGAGGAAAAGGUUCAACACGUUGCAAAGCCGAAAAUUAUAAUACUUCGCAAAGUAAAAAGACCUAAACUCAAGUCUAAAAUUUCUAAAGUUAAGACUCACGAUCAGGAGUCUAACAAGGAAGAAGUCAAAAAAGAGCCUGAUGCUACAAUCGAAACAUUGAAUAUGACCGAUAAUAAUCAGAAGACCAUUGCUGAAGUAACAACUGUUAAAAUAGAUCGACCAUUGAAGAAGUUUAGACCCCCGAGGAAAAAAAAUAUUAAAAAACCAGUUCAAUGCGCUCUAUGCAAUAAGAUAUCUUCAUCAAGAGCUAACUUGCAAAUACAUAUGGAUAUUAUUCAUUUAAAGAAAUAUAAAUUUCUCUGUAGUGUUUGUGGGCAAAAAUGUGCUACACGUUAUCGUUUUGAUGAGCAUCAAAAGACUCAUUUGGAUGUUAAACCUCAGUUUCCUUGUGAUAAGUGCGAAAGAUCUUAUACAAAUAUCGGAAAUCUACGAAGACAUAUUGGUGAGGCGCAUCAGAUUCCAGCUAAGAAGCAACCACCUACUAAACCUCGUUGUAGAUUUUGCCGUAAAUACUUUCCAACAAAGGAUGAUUACUAUGAACAUAUGAAAUCACAUCCCGGUUCUCAGGUGCGUAGAAGAGUAGGAUACCCAAGAAGUGACAAAAAAUGCCGCUAUUGCUCGAAAACCUUCACAACUAAGCAAUCAACUGAGAUACAUGAAAGAACUCACACAGGUGUGAGACCAUUUGUUUGUGAAAUAUGUUCAAAAACUUUCAGGCAAGAAGUUCAUUUGAAGACUCACAUGUAUAUUCAUUCGGGAAAGAAGGCAUUCAAAUGUAAUUACUGUGGUAAAGGAUUUACUCAGCCUGGAAAUCGUAAUGUUCAUAUAAGGAUUCACACAGGAGAAACACCAUAUGGAUGUUCUACGUGUUCUAAGCGUUUUUACGACAGCAAAAUGUGUAAGAAGCACGUUGUCAAGUGUUCAAAGGCAUCGAAGGAUGAAUGUACAAAAAAUGGAGAUGCUACAGAUGCUACUAAAGAGAAUUCAUAACAAUUUAAUGGAGAAAUAAAUAAAAUUUUUAAACAA